AUGUAUUAUGAACAUUUUUUAUAUCUGGCAUAUCGUUUCGGUUGUCUCGUUUUUCGACGAGGACACGCCAUUGCACCGGAAACAUCAAAGCUAUUUCUACAAAGCUCAACUCCUUCAACGGGUCUAGGAUAUUUCUCUUGCAAGACGGUUUUUCUCAGGAUGCUUACUUCGAAAGGACCCGCAACUGUUGACCCAAAUGUGGCACAAACCUCGACGACACCAGAGGGGAAUGUGCCUUGCGAAAACGGGAUGUCGACCGAUAUUUGGAGCAUCACGCGGCCAUUCGACUCGGUGAUGACGCCGAAGCUCGAGAGUCUUGGAGAUUUUCUCCAAAAAUACCCCAACAGUGAUGGACGGGGAAUAAAAAUUGCGAUUCUGGAUACGGGUGUCGAUCCGAAGCUCGAAGGAAUGCAGGUUACAACAACUGGUGAACCAAAACUCGUGAACAUCUUCGAUUGUUCGGGUGCUGGAGAUGUUGACUGCUCUCAUCAAGUUACGUCAAAAGAUGGGAAAGUUGUUGGACUGACGGGCAGAACCUUGAAUGUGGCAGCAAUCAAAAAUCUCAACAAUCCGUCAGGGAAAUUCUAUCUGGGGGUCAAGCCGAUUCACGAGCUUUAUGUGAAAGGGUUGAAAGCAGCAAUGGAUAAAGAGCGGCACACUCCAAAUUGGGAAUCCUCUUCAAACCUUGCGUUGGCAAAUGCUCGACGAGCGCUCGAAGAACACGAGAAAGAAAUUGGAGGAAAGGCAUCGGAUCGGAAAGAGCGUUUGAAACGCGAGGAUCUCGCCUGUCGAGUCGAUUUCCUCAAAGACAACAUCAAAAAAGAGGACAAAGGGCCGGUGGCCGAUGUGCUGAUGUGGAAUGAUGGAAAAUCUUGGAAGGCUUUGCUUGAUACAUCUUUUCGAGGCAAAUUGGGCAUGUGUCGACCGAUGGGUCCUUACGGAGAAACCUAUGAGUUCACCGAGGGGACGAUUGAUGGAGAUCAGCUCACUUAUGCUUUCAACAUCUAUCCGGAUGAGAAGAAAUUGGAGAUCGUGACGGCGUGUGGAAGUCACGGAUCACAUGUCGCAUCGAUUGCUGCCGCCAACUACCCGAAAAAUCCAGAUUUGAAUGGAUUGGCUCCAGGUGCAAAGGUAAUCUCAAUUUGCAUUGGCGAUGCUCGCUUGAAUGCAACUGAGACGGGAACAGCGUUGACGAGAGCUUUCAAACUUUGCCGAGAUCUCGAUGUCGAUGUGAUCAAUAUGUCAUAUGGAGAAGGAGUCGAUUUUACGGAUACUGGACGGGUGAUUGACGAGUUGAAGAAAUUGCUGGAGGGCGGGAAGACGCUUUUCUUCUCUUCCGCUGGCAAUAAUGGUCCGGCUCUCUCAUCGGUUGGAUGUCCGGGUGGAACGACUUCUGGAGUCAUUGGUGUUGGCGCUUUGCUUCUACCCAAUCAGCUCUCACAACUUUAUGGAACGGCGAUGAAUGUCAACAAGCCGGCACCGUUCUUGUGGUCAAGUUGUGGGCCAAGUGCCGAUGGUGCUGACGGCGUGUCAAUCUAUGCUCCGGGAGCCGCGUUUGCUGAAGUGCCCAAAUACACUCGGAAGUGCAAUCAAUUAAUGAAUGGGACAAGUAUGAGCUCACCGAAUGCUGCUGGAGCUGUGGCUUGUCUGCUAUCAAAGUUGAAAGAAGACAAGAAGAACUAUUCUCCGUACGAGAUUCGAUUGGCUCUUGAACAAUCAGCGGCACCAUUGAAUGGAUGUUUGGCUGGAAUGUUGAAGAUCUCUGAUGCCUACGAUUUCCUGUCGAACUUCGAGGCCAAGAAGUUGAACCUGUUCGAUGUGAAGGUGUCUUGCCGACGUUGGGGAGUCCCGGGUUCAUUCCGCGGGAUAUAUCUCCGUGAUCUUGCCGAUUUUUCAAACGGUCCUCUCAAAUAUGCAAUAACUGUCGAGCCACUUUUCCCAAAAACAGCCAAUGUCAUCGAGAAAACGAACUUUCUUGAACGCUUAACCUUGGAACGAAUCGGCGGGGAUGAAUCAGUGCCACAUUGCAGCAAAGCCAUUUCAUGGCAGAUUCCUGAGGUAUUGAACUUGACGUCUGGUGAGUGCGCGUUCUCCGUGCUGCUCGAGUACAACGGAAUGGAAGAUCCACAGAAACAGCACACUAGAGGAUGGAUUGCUGCCCGAGAUCACGCGGGACGAAUCGUUUUCCGGAUACCCUAUGCGAUUUUGCCGCCAAGAAAGGAAACCGAAUUUGAGAUGGAACUCUCAGCCGGUGUCGUGGAAAGGCGACUGAUUCACGUGCCUGAGGAUAAGAAUAUUGCUUGUGUCCAAGUCAGCUCUCCACCUUUGGCAACGAAUGAGCGAAUUGUGCUCCACGGCGUUCAAAACAUCCCCGAUCAUGCGAUGAGAAGCCAUGAACUUUCCAAGAGCUUCGCAUCCGAGAAAGAAACGCGUGCUUUUUUGAUGAAAGUUGUCCCAGGAAGAUCCCUUGAAAUGUGUGCUACUUUGGCAACUCUUUCCUAUAAACAACUCAAGGCAAAAUUGAACGUUUCUUUCUUCAAUCUGCUUCAUGAUGCAGUUGUUCAUUUGACCACAGCCUCAGUCUCAAACCGUUUCUUUUUCGAGACGAUCUCCGAUUUGCCCAUUGAAUUCGAGCCAUCAGUCUCAUUCAAAUCGAUCUCGACUUUCUACAAGCCAACCGAGAUUAAGCUUGAACCACUUGGCAAUCGAGAUCUCUUCUUUGAUGGGAUCCAGAUCAACAAAAUUGUGCUCACCUAUAAAGUCACAGUGACGAAAAACUCGGAAUUCCAAUUCGAGCUCGGUGGAUUGUCAGAGUAUCUGUACGAGAGUCCGUACGAUGACAUCUUUGUGCAAGUCUUCUCAAACUCGAAGGAGUAUUUGGGUGGAACGAGCAGCUUCCGGGAUCGGUACACGAUCAAACUGGAGAAGGGCGAGUACAAGGUGAUGGUCCAAGUUCGACACCCAGAAGAGAGCGCUUUAGAGAAGUUGAAAGACGCCACUUUGACAAUGUACCAAAAACUCGGGACUCCAAUCUCAUCGGAUUGCUUCAAAUCAGCUGCCGCUCUCGCCAAGGGAGACAGUAAAGGAAAAUGGGAGAAAAUGAUGCUCGCCCCGUCACAACGGGCAACAAUCUUCGUGCAAAACAUUCCCGAAGAAAAAUUGGGCAAACCCCCGGCUGGGACGAUCGUACGCGGAGUUUUCACCCCGUUUGGUGGCGAGUGGAAAGAUAAAUACCAAGUUCCCGUCGUUCUCCACGUGGUCACACCCGAAUCAAAACGGCAAUCAAAAGCCCUUUCAAUGGUGGAAUUGGAGGCGCCGAAAAAGGAGAAACUGACACCGGAACAAGAAUUGACAAAUGCACUUCGUGACGUGAAGAUCAAACACAUCGAGAAGAUGGAGAAACUGGAAGAGGUUCAAAAGCUGCACGCGGAGGCCGUCACCGAGGUUUUCCAUUUACCGUUAGAAAUGGCUUUUGUUCGGAGACUUGCGGCUCUUGCGAAUGGAAAGAAUGGCUCCAAAGAGGCAGCUCACGAUUUGUUCCUCGAGAAGGCGAAUCUCGUGUUGGAAAACUGCAAUCCGGACAAGGUCCUGGCCUUUAUGGGCACACUCAACCAAGAGGCUUCAGUGGAGUUGGCUUCGAAGAAGGAAGAGUUUGACCAGAAAAAAGAGGCAAUCAUCGAGGUGUUAACGUUGAAAGUCGCCCAUUUCGCUCAGAUGAGGAUCGCUAAACUGGAAAAGAGCCGAGCUCCGGCCACGUUUUGGGAGCAACUGAAUAAGCCCGAGACUCCAGUCACAGCUGAUGGAACGACGAUUCCCGUUGAAGUGAAUGGACAAACCAGUUCUACGGAUAAGGCCUUCAACCCAGCCACCGCUUUGGAAGACGCGUUCGUUGAGUUGCAAAAGUUCGUCAACCUCGAUGAUGCAAAGAUGCAUUUACCAUACGCAAAAUAUGCAAUCGCCAACGAGUACCACGCAAUCGCGAUCAAAUCUCUUGAAAAGUACACGAAUGAGACGAGAGCUGCUGGGAAAAUUCCGGAAUUGGAGGAGAGGACAUUGUCGGAGUUGGCAAAUUUGUGUGGCUGGGAUCACUUGUCGACGGCUUUCAAAAACGAUUAUCUCCACAAAGUCCGACAAAACUAUCGCCCGUUU